AUGUACUACAUUCUGUACCUUGCGAGUCUUUGCCGCCGCCGUCGCUGGCCGGAACCCUUUUACGAAUCAUAUCCAUGUGCUGCCGGGUAUGGCUGCAUUGUGCGCGUCAAUAAUCGCGAAUACCAGACGGACGUCUAUUGCGAAACGGAAGCCCUGGCCAGAGAAAGCGCAGCUAUGCGCGCCUAUCUGAUCUGUCGGAAUUUCUCCGUCAACGAUGGGAUGUAUCCUGCAGGUCACGACCAUGGAGGGAUUGUGCAAGGGAUUCCGGUUGCGAUUGGCACAGGACGACGUGGUCGGUUUGGUGAUGACACGGAUACGUCCACCAGUAGUGGAAGUCGGAGUGGGGGUAGCAGUCCUGAGAGCCACGAGGGAGGACGACUGGGCCGUGAUCGCCGGCCUGCUGGUCCAACGAGAACACUAGCAUACGGCCAGCGGGGACUUUGA